UUUCCAGUACGUUUUCUAAUCCCCCUUGGACUAAUCUAAUAUUGGGUUUUUGGAGAAAUCGAGGGUUCUUUAAAGGAGACCUUUUUGUUGUUGAUAAAUCUAGAUUGAGGGCAAUCGAAGCUUUUUUUAUAUAAUAUUGAUCUCAUGGGACAGCAGUGUUAUAACUGAAAAUCUGUUCUUCUUAUUGGAUGUAUCUUGUGUUUAUCGAAGUGAACGAUCGGCUUGUGAAAUUGUCUGGCUUUCAUCAUCUGGAUGAUCUCAGGCCGUUGAAGCUACCCUUUGAAAAGAAAUCGUUUUACUUUUGUAUCCCAAGAGACAGAUGGGAUAAAGAGUUCUUCAAGCUUCAAGGCGGGUGAUUAUAAUAAUUUGAAGAAUUGGUUGAUUUUCGUAAUAUAAUCGGUUUGGAUAUUUUUGAGAUGGGUUCUCCUCAAGGCUCCACAUUGACAUCAGAUAUGACCGGCCUUGUCGAUGGUUCGACUGCUUGCAGUGAUGUUUCCUUCAUCGAUUGUUUGCCUGUUUAUGUCAAAGAGCUAAUAGCUGGUGGCGCUGCUGGUGCCAUCGCUAAAACGACCAUUGCACCUUUAGAACGGAUUAAAAUACUAUUGCAGACAAAGACUGAUGGUUUCCAAUCUCUUGGGGUGUAUCAAUCCUUAAGUAAGGUGCUAAAGCAUGAAGGUGUUAUGGGAUUUUAUAAAGGAAAUGGAGCGAGUGUUAUUCGGAUCAUUCCUUAUGCAGCCUUGCAUUUCAUGACUUACGAGCAGUAUCGAGGCUGGAUGUUAGAUAAUUGUACUUUCUUUGGAUCAGGGCCUCUUGUCGAUCUUAUAGCCGGUUCUUGUUCUGGAGGAACAGCAGUUUUGUGCACUUAUCCCUUGGACUUGGCUCGCACUAAACUUGCCUAUCAAGUUGUUGACACCAGGACAAAAUUCAGCUCUGGUAUGACAAGUUUAUAUACUCGACCGGCAUAUAGUGGCAUAAGAGAUGUACUGACAACUGUUUACAAGGAAGGAGGAAUACGCGGAUUAUAUCGAGGUGUAGGUCCAACACUGGCUGGGAUCCUCCCUUACGCCGGUCUAAAGUUCUACAUCUACGAGGUAAUAAAGACUCGUGUUUCCGAAGAGCACCGUAAGUCCAUUGUGAUGAAUCUCUCUUGUGGAGCAAUAGCUGGAUUACUUGGCCAGACCUUCACGUAUCCAUUAGAUGUUGUAAGGAGACAGAUGCAGGUUGGAAGUCUUCAGUCUUCAUCGAUUCAAGGCGGUACACGAUAUAGAAACACAUAUGAUGGUCUUACUACGAUCGUCCGUAAUCAAGGAUGGAGACAAUUGUUUGCAGGCUUGAGCAUUAAUUACAUCAAGAUUGUUCCUUCAGUAGCUGUUGGAUUCGCCGCAUACGACACGAUGAAGGUUUGGCUCCGGAUUCCACCCCGACAGAAAUCGCAGGCAGCGUCGUCUGGAUAAAGAGAGAUGGAUUUAUAAUGGGUUGCAACCGAAAUCUGAAAACAGGACUUCCUGCUAGUAUUGUAUAAAGAC